CCACAAGCAAAUUUAUAAUAAUUCUGAAAAGCCAUUUGUAUAUUACCCACAGACUCUCCUUUGCAAUGUCAGCUCAGCAAAAAGCGGUUAUACAUGCCUCGCCCACACCCGAUGUUUGGCAGCAGCUGCAGCAGCUCCGGCUCGGCGGGCGCUUCACAAAACUGGUCGAGCUUGUAGUUGGCGUACCUGAUAGCUGGAGCCUUGAUGGCGCGCCAAGUGGUAUCCCCCCUCGUCCGAUCCCGACCGGCGACCACCGACAGGACAGCGCCAGAAAGACAGCACCAGCAGCACCAGUCGGCGGUGGAUUUCCGCCGCCAGCAGAGAACAUGCAGCUAUUUGGGCUGUUUGCAUCGCGGUACUUUCUGGUAGCUCUGGUGGUCGGAUUCAUUAUCAGUCGUAUCCAGAUACUGGUACGGCGACAGCGAGUGCGGCCACUUCGGCCACUAGUGCGGGUAGCGCUAUAUCUGCCGUGCCAAAUACUGCUUCUGCGCGCCUCAGCGGCAAUGUGCAUAGCAGUGGCGCGCACCCGUACGCAUGGGGCUCCUGAGUGGAUGGCCGGGCCAAUCUCUGCUGCCGCACAGCUCUGCCAGCAGUACUUUGGCAAGGCACAGGCAGACACUAUCACGAUGGACGGCGCCAUGUGGCUGGUGUUUGUGACAAUCUGCAUAUUCGACUGUAUGGAAAUCUUUGUCUCGCGGCUCGAGGGCAGCCCGUGCGCGCCUUACGAGAACAUUGGCAACUUGCUGGAGCGCACCUCGCUGUAUUAUUUUUACGGUGGCUCGGUGCGCAUCCAGGAGCUGGCACUGCUCAAUGUGCUGGAGAAGACCGUGAUCUGCCAGUUGCUGAUCUCGCUGUCUAGCGGAUGGCAGUGGCGGCUGCUGCCAACUGGCGCCAUCGACCUGCUGGUAAUGGACCACUUUGUGUUCAGCAUGCGGCACCCGAGCGCUCUCAAGCUGUACCCGUUCGUCCAGGUCCUGACAAUGCUUCUAUUGUGUGGUGCGGUGCUCAUUGUUGUGGCCACUGUUGUAAUUCGAUCGAUGGCGCGCGCUGUCGACAGAUUCGGAUUCCUCAGACAAGGCGCAGUGCAGGGUAGCCACCAAGUUACUGAGGCCACUUAUGACCAGCACGGUGCAUUUGUGGCUCCUGAGCUGGAUGACGAGGCCGAAAUGGCUGAUGGGCGGGCCCUGAUUGAGGACACGUACCUGCCACUGUGUCCUGAUCUGCGCCGUGAUUUUGGUGUUGAGAUCCUGGAUCUUGCCGGUACAUGUCUGAGGCAGUACAGCAACCAGAUCCGUGCUAGCGGAUACUCGCGAUCAUGCGGUGCGAUCCGGCUGCCCAAAGGCACUGCCCUGGACGAGUAUGUUUCCAGGCAGGUGUCUGCGGCUCGGCGCAAUGGGUUCGCUGUGUUUAUCGAGAAUGAGCCUGGGGUUAGCUUUGAGGUGCCAGAAGGGCCGAUGGACAUGGCUGUGUUUUUGAAGGAUACACGGGUUGAUUCGCUGCGCAAAUUGUCGCUGGCUCUAUGGUCUCUGUGCACUGCGAUACUGGAGGUUGGUCUUGGGUGGAGAAAGGGCUCGCGUUACCAAAUGGCAGGGAGCACCAACAAUAGCCGCUCACCUGAUGGUGUGGCUCUGCAAGCCAAGCAAAUGACCACCGUUAACAGCGGGCUGCGUAGCUGGGAGAUUGGCGAGGAUGACGUGGUUGCUGGAGACGAUGCCGAGAGCGAUUUUGAUUUCGACUAUGUUGACAGCAGCCUACGCAAGUGCAGACGAUGGCGAUGGCGAUGGCGAUGCGAUGACGACGACGACGAAACCAACUGGGAUGACGAGCCUGUAGAUUCUGAGGAGCUAGAGACAUCGCGCCACGACCAGAUGUCGUCGCUGCUUGUACUCAUGGCACACUCGCUAGCAGGCUCGCUUUCCAGCACUAAUGGGCCAGCUCCGUCUGUGUCGGCGGAUUCUGUGCUGCAGAUGCCUGGUCUCCCGUUCUCGUCUCCAGAACUGACUUCGCUGAUGCAAAUAACCAGGGCACGGCGCCAAAAUGAAGAGGAAGACGGUGUAGAUUCCGGUGUCGAGGCAUUCAGCACCGAGGAAAUCACAUUGUCUUCGCCGCCCAUCCAGCAGCCAUCGCCGCGCAAGGCAGCUCCCGCGGCAGCGGCGAACAUGGCUAAACCGACACCUGCGAUGUCCGAACGACCGAAGCAAGCAUCCCAGCUGCCAAAGCACGCAAUAUCCGUAAGCAGCCCGGUCAUUGCACCCGCACUCGAGAAGGAGACGGCAGCGAUCCAGGACGACGGCGACAAGUGGCGCCUGUUGACUCUCAACUACGAUCGCCGCCAUCCGGGCUACGAUCCAAAGACGGAGACGCAGGCGGUGGCACCGCAGCUCAAGGCAAUUGUGGGCGACAGAAUUGGAUACGCCAAGCGCCAAAAGUCGAUUCAGCUCAUGUUCGACUUGUACAUGAAGGCGCACAAGGGCGAGUGGGUCGGGGCGGCGCAGGAUGCGGUCGAGCGGGAGCUGGGCGUGUACAAGUCAAGCGGGCUUGGGUCCUACCACGUCAAUCUCGUCAACAGCAUACAGGCAGCUGAAGCGACAAAUAGGCACGUAAUCGUCGGGCCCCGUGCCCGUUGCAACAGGUUGCGGAAAUAA